GGACCUCUGAGCACCAUUUAUCCACCUUUUACUUGACAAAUGGCCAUGGCCUGGAUGUAUCAGUAACAAGGCGAUCACAUGAGCUGCUGGUCCUGCCACAAGCAGGGUUCAAUAGCUUACACUGGGUCCACACUAAAGAGAUGGCUCUGUUGAUGGAGCACCAGUUCAGACAGCUGCCAGCUGACAGACAGGUGGAAACAAGACCGUUUCUGGAGGCUGUGUCAUACCUUCCACCGUUUUUUGACUGCCUCGGUUCAGCUGUGUUCGCACCAAUUAAGGCCGACAUAUCUGGUAACAUCACAAAAAUCAAGGCAGUUUAUGAUACCAACCCGGGACGGUACAAGACACUCCAGUUAAUCUUGGAGGCAGAGAAGGAAAUGCACGGAGGGGAAUGGCCCAAAGUUGGAGCAACACUGUCCCUCAUGUGGCUGAAAAGGGGUCUUAGAUUCAUCCAGAUCUUCCUUCAGAGCCUGGUGGAUGGCGAAAAGGAUGAUAACAACCCUCACCUUGUGCGAGUCAAUAUCACCAAAGCUUAUGAAAUAGCCCUUAAACGCUAUCAUAGCUGGUUUGUGCAACAGCUCUUUAAGGCUGCUCUUUUUGCUGCUCCUUAUAAGUCAGAUUUCCUGAAGGCUCUCUCCAAGGGUCGGGAAGUCAAGGAGGAAGAAUGCCUGGAAAAAAUUAGAAAAUUUCUCAUUAACUUCUCCGCCACAGUUGAUGCUGUUUAUGAUAUAUAUAACAAAAUGAAUGCUGAUCUUGAAUAUAAGGUGUGAUUGCAUGAUGUUCCUCUUUCUUCAACUGAGACAAUGCUGUCUUGCGUUCUGGCGUCCUUCAGGUCAUUAAACUCUCACCGGGUGGAUGCAGUCAUGGUACUCACAUACUUCACAUCAAGUGCUUCCCUUUUACUCUUCUGUGUGGCUUCUCUGUUUCCUCAUUUUUCUUUGACUUUGGGGGGUCUUUUUUCACCUAUAAGAUUCAGUUAUCACAUUUAUAUUGCAUCAAUUAUAAGAAAUAAAAUAACAAAUUAAACCAAAACAAAAAAAACUGAUGGCAUCCAAACUUCCAGCACAACCAUACCCAGCCUGGGCACCAUGUGCCUCAACUAGGUGGAAAUGUUAGAUUUCUAAGUACUGUCAAAUUUGUAAUUCAUCAAAACUAUUCUUAGAAUAGGCAAAAAUCAAAAUUCAACUCAAACUAAUAAGACUAAACACAUGAUAAAUGCAUCACUGACAUUUUAUGAGAAAAUAAAUUACAUAAAUUAAAUGUUAUAAAAUAGAAUAAGCAGAUUUUUUUUCUGUUAUUCAAAAUGAAAUGUUUUACAAAACACUAGACACCUGUUAUCUAGAGUUAUGGACAGUCACACUGAUCCAUGUUAGUCUAAAUUACAAGGAAGAAAGAGACUACUUAAAAAUGAAAAAAAUCAACAUGACAGCAUUUAUAAAAUGUUUUCUUAUUAUAAAUAAAUGUGGCAUAUUUUGGUAUAAAACUCUCAAUAUACAUUUUUGUAUUAAUGCUGCAUAACUGAAGUGCAAAGGGCCUUUGCCAAAGGCACCGACACAACCACAUAUCAUCACAGAGCCUGGCGUUUAGAUUAGCUGCUAAAAACAGUCUGGGUGUUCCUUUUUUGUUUUUGAUUUGAAGCAUAUGGUGGCAGUUUCCUAUAAAAAAAAGUCUGGACUACUGAUUCAUCUGGCUCAGAGGCAUGUGAGAUGGACCAUCACACAGCGAUGCUCCAUUAAUAGAAGUCAAUUCUGCAUCUCAACAAGGUUAAAAUGAAGAGUUUUAAGUGGCUGAGAUCAUAAGUCUGUACUGAAAGAGGUUUCCCAUGUUGAUCUGCAUGUGGUUAUACCCGCUAUUACUGAGGGGCAGCUCUUGAUCCAUCAGAGGAAUUAGAAAUCAGAACCCAGACAGCAAAAUGUGAGUGAAUCAACGUUGAAAUAUGGUUAGGCAGAAAUAUUGAAUCCAUGUUGAAGCCACGUUGAAGCCUGGCCGGCAACAAACAGCAUACGUUGAUUCAACAUUGAUUAGACAUUGGCAUUAAAAUUCGACCUCAAAAGAACAGUGAUGACAAUGACAUCUUUUCAACAUUGGUUAACUCGAUGAUUGUUUUAUGAUUGAUCCACCAUCAAUCGUCGACCUCAACCAAAAAUCAACUUUUUUGACCAUAAUUCAACAUUGAAUUAACAUCUUUUGUCAUCUGGGAAGUGUCCAGCUGGACUUUCACCACUUCCAUCUAUACACAAAAAUGUCUCCAUAUUCCUUGAAUUGUUUCUUGAUAUUGUGUGCAGAGAUCUGUAAAUACUUUCAAAUUUUACAGAAACUGUAGCUCCUCAGUGACUGCGCCAUUCAUGGCUCCUGCAAAUCAAUUAUGUUGACUUUAUACAUUUGCAGUAAAAUCUUCUCUUUUUUUUUCCUCCUUUCAUCUAUCUACAUCUCUGUAAAUUCCCCCUGUCUCAAAUCUUUUUCGGAAUAUGUUUCAGGGUUAAAAUAGAAAAAUAGUACACCAGCUAAAUAAAUGAAUUUGACAAUCCUAAACAAAAUAUAUUGCCUUCAUACUGCCUGUAUCAAAAUAAAACUCAAGUAAAUGUAAGAAUCCCAGCUUUUUUUAUUGAAAGAGAUUUGCCUUAACAGUUUAAGAACAUGUGCCGUAAAUGGCCUGUAAUAUUACUGUUUUAAACACAUGGUAAAAUCUAAUGAAGUGAAUGUGUCAGAAUGCCUGCUGUCAAUUAUGUAUAUUUUUUGUGCCACUUUGUGUGGACCAGACAGGUAAACCUUGAAGAGAAAUAUGAAUUAUUAUUGGAUUUCUCGUCCGCUGAUUUUCUAUUUAGCUACAAGACGUCUUUUUGUUUGCUAUUUUUCCAAAGAAAAGCCUCAUCAGCUCUAAAUGUUUUUCUUUUUAAUGUCCUGUUCUUUGCUCUCAGGUGUUUACACGUUACCAGAUGUGUAUUUUCUUUAAACCUCAUUGUCGGAAGACCAUGUCCUUCAUUACAAUGUUUUUCUUCUCUAAACUGAAAAAAGCUUGUUUUCUGUCUUCUUCUGACAUCAUGUUGCAGUGUGUGUACAAAGCAUAAUUAAUGCCUUGCUUUUAUCUUAUCUAAUUUAAAA